UGUAAGAGUGUUUUGAAACAGGCGUUAUAGAUAUCGAAAUUGUUUUCUUUUUCGUUUGCCUUGAUUAAUAUAGGUAAAUGAAGUCAGAAUUUCAAUGUUUAAAUGCAGGAAAUCAUUGACAGAAUUAGUUGUUACAAAAUCAUGAAACAAUAAGGUAGUCAUAGUGAGUUACUUUUGCACUUCAUGUUGGUUGACUAUUUCGUCUUGGGGAACUUUAGCUAGUAGGAUCGGCUGGUUUUGGGGAGAUGUCAUCGAUCAACCAUCUGCUAUUCUUCAAACUCGCGAUGAAAUCUUCGUACCUCGUUUUGUUUUUGUCAGUCAUUAACUUGUCGUCAUGUCAAGAUAUCGAAGCAGUUAACUUACGACUUGAAAAUUUGUACAACAUAGUUAUGGAAAACGCAGAAAGUAUUAAAGAAAUUGAAGAUCUCCGGGAACAAAAUAUCAAACAAUCAUUAGAAAUAACGGAAUUAAAAAAAGAAAUCCAAGAACUCAUAAAUAUCAACCGUGAACAAGACACAAAGUUGAAUCAACUAGAUCAAGCAUUGGUCGAGAUUCAGCAACAACUUCCCCAAACAACGACUUCUAUCAAUAUAGAAGCACAAGUACACACGUUUCAAACUACACCGAUUGCACAGCCUGUAACAACGGCACCAGUUGCAACCACAUUGUACAAAUGGGAAGAAAUAUCAAAUUCGACGAAUCAUACAAGCAAUAUCCCGAUAACUUCUGGCGCAGAUAAAUGCAACAUGAACGUGAAUGGAACCUGUUAUUGGGUAGAAGCUGUUCCGCGUGGUAUAUAUUACAGCACGGCAGUUGCAAUUUGCAAGAAGUAUAAUGCAACACUUGUAUUGAUUCCAGAUGACGAAACGUACAACGGUGUAGUGAACCUUAUGAGACAAAAACUUCCCGCCGGGUGGACUGGAACGAACAGUUGGACGGGAAUAAAAUUUGACCCGAAGACCGGCAAACACUCACCUCCAGAUACGUACACGAAAUGGUUAUCCGGACAUCCGUAUAAAAUAACGGGAUGGACGAAUGUGUUUCUGCAAAUACGGCGAAACCCGACUGACUAUAGCCAAGGCUUGGGAAACUUUAAGCCGAGCGAUAUGAGCGGAUUUAUUUGCCAGUUUGAACACUUAUGAAAGGAAUUGAAAAAAUACCUUUCUUGACAAUAAGUUUUAAUUUCUAUAUUAGAUCAUGUUUCAUAAAUAAUGCUCACAACGACACACCGAGGUAAACAAUAAAUUCCAAGCGUCUAAUCAGUGCUGAAAAUUUCUUGCGCCUAGUUGCCAAGUUCGACAUUUUGAUAAGAUCAUAAACACAAGAAUUCUCUUGAUCUAAACAGACAAUCAGGGCAGAAGCAAGGCUUUACUUAUAAAUAGUUAGGAAAACAUAAUAUACCAAAAAUGGUGUUGAAAAUAUUUUCGUUGGUAUAUGCUUUUGGUAAACAUGAAACAUAAUUUGAUAUUUUCAUAUUCGCUACAAUUACGGAACAGUUACUAAUCUAUAUUUUGUCCGGUAUUCAUAAAAUAAUCAUAGAGUAAAAAUCCUCCUGAUCGCAAUAUUUUUUAAAUAAAAUGGCACGGAUCAAUACUACAGUGCUGAUAUAUAUACCUCAUUUCAGAAAAAUGAUUUUAACAUUAAUUUAAGUGCUAAUGGUGAGUUUGGACUUUUCCAUCAACAACAGAUCAAAAUAUCCUUCUUGCUUCUAGAUGGGAUAUAUUUUGAUCUGUUUAAGCAAACUUGAAUAAAAAUAUUAUCGCAUAGUGCAGUUUGGUGUCAAGACAUUCUUUCCCUUUGUCUCUUACCGCUUUUUAAAGUAACAUAUAAACGAACAGACAUCAUAUAUAUAUCACCUACACCAAAGCCCUUUUCUGCAAGUAAAAAUAUAAUAUACAAGUAGUCGGAGACAACGAUUUAACACCUGGCUGCACUUUUUUUCU